CAACAAUGAAUGAAGAAAAUACAGAUGGAACAAAUGGAUGCAGUAAAGUUCGGACUGGAACUCAGAAUGAAGCUGCUUUGCUUGCUUUAAUGGAAAAGACUGGUUAUAACAUGGUUCAAGAAAAUGGACAAAGGAAAUUUGGUGGUCCUCCCCCAGGUUGGGAAGGUCCGCCUCCGCCUAGGGGUUGUGAAGUUUUUGUAGGAAAAAUACCUCGUGACAUGUAUGAAGAUGAAUUAGUACCUGUGUUUGAAAGAGCUGGGAAGAUAUAUGAAUUUCGGCUUAUGAUGGAGUUCAGCGGUGAAAACCGAGGUUAUGCUUUCGUGAUGUACACGACGAAAGAAGAAGCCCAGUUAGCCAUCAGAAUUCUUAAUAAUUAUGAAAUUCGACCAGGAAAGUUUAUUGGUGUAUGUGUCAGCUUGGAUAAUUGCCGAUUAUUUAUUGGCGCUAUUCCCAAGGAAAAGAAGAAAGAAGAAAUUUUGGAUGAAAUGAAAAAAGUAACAGAAGGAGUUGUAGAUGUUAUUGUUUAUCCAAGUGCAACUGAUAAGACAAAAAAUCGUGGUUUUGCAUUUGUUGAAUAUGAAUCUCACAGAGCUGCUGCUAUGGCUAGAAGAAAAUUAAUUCCAGGAACCUUCCAGCUGUGGGGCCAUACCAUUCAGGUAGAUUGGGCUGAUCCAGAGAAAGAAGUUGACGAGGAAACCAUGCAAAGAGUUAAAGUACUUUAUGUAAGAAAUUUAAUGAUCUCAACUACAGAGGAAACGAUUAAAGCAGAGUUCAAUAAAUUUAAGCCUGGUGCUGUAGAACGAGUAAAGAAACUUAGAGAUUAUGCUUUUGUUCACUUUUUCAACCGAGAAGAUGCAGUGGCUGCUAUGUCUGUUAUGAAUGGAAAAUGCAUUGAUGGAGCAAGUAUUGAAGUAACAUUGGCAAAACCAGUAAAUAAAGAAAAUUCUUGGAGGCAACAUCUAAAUGGUCAGAUUAGUCCUAAUUCUGAAACCCUGCUGGUGUUUGCUAACAAAGAAGAGGGCCAUUCCAAAACUUUAGGCAAGACACCAACUCUUCCUGUUCGUCUCAAUGGUCAGCAUAGCCCAAGCCCCCCUGAAGUUGAAAGAUGUACCUACCCUUUUUUUCCUGGAACAAAGCUUACUCCAAUUAGUAUGUAUUCUUUAAAAUCCAAUCAUUUCAAUUCUGCAGUAAUGCAUUUGGAUUAUUACUGCAACAAGAAUAAUUGGGCACCACCAGAGUAUUACUUAUAUUCAACAACAAGUCAAGAUGGGAAAGUACUCUUGGUAUAUAAAAUAGUUAUUCCUACUAUUGCAAAUGGAUCCCAGAGUUACUUCAUGCCAGACAAACUCUGUACUACAUUAGAAGAUGCAAAAGAAUUGGCAGCCCAGUUUACAUUACUUCAUUUGGACUACAAUUUUCGUCACAGCUCAAUAAAUAGUCUUUUCCCUGUUAGUGCUACCCUCUCUUCUGGGACUCCCAGCGUGCUUCCUUAUACUUCAAGGCCUUACUCUUAUUCAAGCUAUCCCUUGUCGCCAACAAUAUCAUUUACUAAUGGCAGCCAUGUUGGACAGCGACUGUAUAUCUCCAGUCAGUCCUCAUUCUUCUGAAGGAAAUACUGUAAACGUUAGUAUGAAAAUUUAUUUGUAAAGCAUGCAAUUUAAAAUACUGUUUUAUUUUAGAAUCGGGUUUGCACAUUUGGUUUUAUAAAGAUAAAUGUAUAUUUAUUUGAAAGAGGAAAGACAUCAUACAAUUCUGAAUAACAUGCAGUUGUAAAACUUGUGGAUGCAAAGUUUAAAAAGUUAUUCAGUAGUUUUUCUUAAUAAAGGUAUAGUGAACUUCUGUUCUUUUUAAACUUUUGAAAUUUAAAAUGCUUCUAAUUCCUGAGCGGGUAUUAGAACUCAGAAGUUUUUGCUAUUUUUGCAUAAUAACUUUACUAAAUAGCACUUCAUGGAUAUUAAAAUACUUGUAGACAUUGGUUACAUGGGAUUUGAUUACCAAGGAUCACUAUCUGUAUUGGAGAUUAAAGCAAGUGUUUAACCAAAAGUAGCUAUUAUGUAAGAAAGAAAUGAUGAGGCAAAAAGAUUAAGAUGCAGAUUUUAUGCAGUGCAAAAGGAAAAACAGUCUACCAUUGUGGUCCUUGAGACUAACUAUAAAUAUUUUUGUUAAUAAUUAUUUGUUAUAGAAUUAUAAUUUGAUGUUAACUUAUUUAAAGUUUUUAUAGUUCUGCUUCAUUUGAGUUUUUGAUAUUCAUUGUUUAGUUGUUUGAGUAAGAAAUGUUAUGGUUUUUAAUGUUCAAAUCAUGUGUUGUUUAAUUUUUAUACUUUAAUUCAAUGUCUUUGACAUUAAAUUUGUGAUGUUUCUAA